AUGCGUCACACCCUGAUUUGCACUACGGCUUUGAUAUCCAGCGUUGUAGCGGGGCUCACUGCUACGACUCUAAACGCGAACGGCGUCCAGUACUAUGUCCCUCAUCCCGAGAUCGCCAAAUUCUCGACUGUUCCGGCAGAAUUAUCAUCAACUUCUCUAAUACCAUUUGCGGUGGUCGAUACACAAACCGCCUCAACCAUUUCAGCCAACUAUGUAGAAGCCCAGCUCAAAGAGUAUUCCCUCCAGGAUGACGUCUACUCUGACUACCUCUCAAGCUUGAUCUACCUUCAGGGGCCAGCAACAUCUGUGAAUGGCACACUCAACGCCAAGUACCUCCUAUCCAACACCUGCAACACGUCAACACCACUUAUGCCAGGCCCCUACUUCCUCAGCCCUUCAGGCUCUGUGUUCAAAGCGUACCGCCUUUACUACGACCCCAACAGCGCCUUCACAGCCGGGGUCUUGCAGGUAUCUGCCGACAGCUUCACCGACACCGGUCUCGCCUCCUCGUCGGGCCAGGCAGAAGCCGCCAUACCCGUCCCAUGUCGCCUGUACUAUGCCAAGGCCUCAAAGUGCAGCCCCCUCGCGGGCAAGCGCGUCGUCCUCAAGGACAUCUACCACCUCAAGGGCCUGCGCACGGGCGCCGCCUCGCGGGUCUACUACGAGCUAUACGGCCCGCAGAACGCGUCGGCGCCGUCGGUGCAGCGGCUGAUUGACCAGGGCGCCGUCGUUGUCGGCAAGGUCAAGACGUUGCAGUUCGCCAACGGCGAGAACCCGACGGCCGAAUGGAUCGAGGUGCUGGCCCCGUUCAACCCGCGUGGCGACGGGUGGAGCGCGGUGGCUGUCGCGGCGUAUGACUGGGUCGACUUUGCCAUCGGCACUGAUACAUCCGGUAGCAUGAGAUUUCCGGCCGCAUAUAACGGUGUGUUCGGCGCGCGACAAAGUCACGGAGGCCUUACUACCGACGGAAUCGUGCCCGUAUCCACGUCUCUCGACACUCUGGGCCUCUUUGCACGUAGUGCCGCGGACCACAAAGCAUUGGUGCAGGCCUGGUAUGGCAAGGGGACAUACAAGUCAUACGCCAGUUUACCCAAGAAAGUAUUUCGCACUACUAGUACUAGCAUCGGCGGAUUCCCAGUUGAUGUCAAGGCUUCGCAGGUCUUAUAUGACAGCUUCGUCGACAAGUUGGCCGGAUUCCUCGGUGCAACCGUGGUCGACAUUGAUCCAUCUGCAGAGUGGAGGAGAACCGGUCCAGUGAAGGACCAAGAACUGCUCGCCUAUACAAACAUGGCAAUUGCAUGGUACGAGCAGGUCCAGCUGUUGCAGAAACCCUUCUACGCCGACUGGAAGACCUACACCGGUAAAAGCGGUCUCUCCAAGAUCGGACCAAAGGCGCGUGCCUCAUUCGAUUACGGCAACAAAAACGUCACUGAGGGCCGCUACAAUGAAGCGCUGGCCAUCAAGUCGAAUUUCACACAGUGGUGGAGCGAGACCAUCAACCCGCCAAACAACGAAACCUGUCUCACACGCCGCGGUGUAUGCGGUCUGCCCGACUAUGCCGUGCCUAUUGGGCAAGUCGAGUACACUAAUCGCUUGACAGGGCUCAACGAGAGACUUCCUGUCUCCAUUUCCAUUGGUGCUGCGCGCGGAUGUGACUGGAUGUUGAGCCAGCUGAUGGCCGAGUUAGAGCACGCAGGUAUCACUUCAGCGGUGAAAACCGGGCAGCUCGCUCAAGACACGAAGGAUCUUGGCGAUCUUGUUGUAUCUUCAUUCCAGGCUUACAAGGUGACACCAGUCGAGUUUUACACUUAG